AUGGCUAACGGUGGAGGAAAGGCUGAUGUCGUCAAGGGAUAUGUUGAAUGGGCGAUCCAGAACAACAUUGGUGUUAUAGAUGUUAAUAUUCUUAAGCAUCUCAUUCCGUCGGAGAAAUCAGUGAACUAUCAAGACGAAGACCGCAUGCGUAUGCAAAUGAGCGACCAGCUUGCUACGUACCUUUGGGAAAACUAUAUCGAACCCAACGACGCCACAAGCAUCUUCUUCCUCGGAGUGGGCAAUGCGUACUUCGGCCUAGCAAACCUUCUGGUGACCACAGAGCGAGUCCACCAGCGCGUCAGUGGGGUCAUCUCCUUCGUGGCCGAAAGCCCCGUCCGCGCCGUCUCAAGCAACACCACCACCUGGCUAUCGAAGUGGUAUAAAGAGAACUCCCUCGUCUUCGUCUCGCACCUGCACGGCGUCUGGGCCGGGCCGGAGAACAGCCGUAAGCUCUCGAAGCGGUAUGGUCGCCUCAUCCCCUCCAUGAAUGUUGGGCUGAAUGAGAUGCUUAAUGCACACAAGGAGGAUGUGAUUAAGUUUAUAACGGAUCGGCUGGAAGAGGAUGAAGAGGACGAUGAGGCCGGCGGGGACAGCUAG